AUGACCCGUCCCGCCCCGCACCCGCACGGCCGCCUACCGGGGCUCCGGCGGGACCGAGGGGCGAGCGGCAAGGCUGGAGCCGCACUGCGGGUGCCGGCGCCCGCCAGGCCUGGGAGCGCUCGCGGCCCGCGACCCCGGCCCCGCCCAGGCCCUGCCCGACCCCCCUCGUCGCCGGCCUUGGCCCAGCCCCGGCCACCCGACCCUGACCCCGGCCCGGUCUUCCGGGCACCCAGCUCCGUCGACUCCCACCUCGCCUCAGCGGGUCCUCCUCAGCCCCGGCCCCGGCCCCGGCCUUCCCCUGCCCCGGCCCUGGCCCUCCUCAGCCCCAGUAUUCCCCUGCCCCAGCCCCGGCUUUCCCUGGCCCUGGCCCCGCCCGGCCCCGGCCUUCCCCUGCCCCGGCCCCGGCCCAGGCCCGACCCUGCCCGCCGCGGCUGCGUCCUCCGGGAAGAUGGCGGCGCAGUGACAAGCGGCGCGGCGCGGGUCCGAGCUGGGCCGGGAGGGACCGCCCGCCGCGGCCCAGGGUGCCUCACCUGUCAGCGCCGCCGCCCCGCCCGACCGGCCGCCCGCGGGCUCCUCGCCUCAGCCCCGGGGCCCGGCGGCCGUGCCACACGCGGGGACGGCGAGGAGAGAGACGGCAGGGAGAGGCGGCGCGGCCGGGCCGGGCCGGAGGUAGGUGAGAGGGCGGGGGCGAGCUGGCGGCGGCGGCGGCGGCGGCGGCGGAUUCUUCCCCUUUCGGGCCCGAAAAUGUCUCAACCCCGGGACUCCAGAUCCCCAACGCUCCUUCCCGUUCGCAUGAGAACACACAGCUCCCACUUCCGGGGACCUGCGGAAGUCCCGCCCCCGCGCGGACCCGCGCCCCGCGCCCUGAACUCGCGCACUCACCCGCCGGUCCCGCGGACUGGCCCUCGGCACCCGGGAGAGCCUCACGUCAUGGCGUUGCGGCGCGCUGAUUGGGCGCACCCGACGCCCGGCCCGCCCCGCCGCCCGGCCCGCCCCGCCGCCUUCUUGGCCUCUCCGCGCGUACACCCUGCUCGCGGCCUUGCGAUUGGCGCGUGCGCGCACAUCGCCCCGCCCCGCGCACGCCGCACGUCCCGCCCCGCCCGCCGUCCCCGGCGCGACCAGAGCGCCUGACGCUGCGGGGCCGUCUGGGCCCUGACUUCCGGAGGGCUGGGCCCUGGUCCUCCGCCACUGCGUGCGCCCCUUAAAGACCCCUGCCCACUGCCCAGGACGGACGGCGACCCCGGCCCUAGCCCGUCCCCAGACCCUGGACCAAGGCCCCGGCCCUGCCCUAAACCCCCCAUCCGACCUCCGGGACCCAGGCCCAGGCUCUGCCCCGAACCCCAUACCCGGGACCCAGGCCCUGGCCCGAACGCCCCACCCCACACCCAGGACACAGGCCCCGGCCCUGCCCCUAACUCCCACCCCACACCCGGGACCGAGGUCCCGGCCCUGCCCCGAAUGCCACACCCUAUACCCAGGACACAGGCCCCGGCCCUGCCCCGAACUCCCACCCCACACCUGGGAUCAAGGUCCGGGCCCUGCCCCGAACUCCCCACCCCACACCCGGGACCCAGGCCCCGGCCCUGCCCCAAACUCCCACCCCACACCCAGGACCAAGGCCCCAGCACUGCCCCGAACGCCCCACCAGGGACCCAGGCCCCAGCCCUGUCCCAAACUCCUGCUCCACACCUGGGACGAAGGUCCCGGCCCCGAACUCCCAACCCCACACCCAGGACCCAGGACCCGGCCCUGCCCUGAACUCCCACCCUACACCCGUAACCGAGGCCCCGGCCCUGCCCCGAACCCGCGCCCCACACUCCUAACCAAGGCCUCGGUUCAGCCCCGGAAUCCCCAACCUCACACCUGGGAUCAAGUCCCCGGCCCUUCCCCAAACCCCUAACCCAUACCCGGGACCAAGGCCCCGGCCCCACAUUUCCCAGAGGCGCUGGGGUUGGGCCCACGUUGGAACCAGUCAGAUGCUCUUGGUAGCUCAGGGAGGCGUUCACACUCCUGCCGGUUCCGUGAGGAUGGUGACGACUCCGAACUAUAGCAGCAUACUUUACCUACCCCUGAUCAGUUUUAUGGAAGAAAAGGAAACCAAACAAAUGGUUUUGCCUGUUGUUACUGCUCACCUGGUUUGAUUCGGUGGCGUCGCGGUUGGUCUCUGCUACAGUCCGUGACUCACAGUGCCAACACACGUUUCCUUAAAAAGCCUCAUCACCAUCCUUCUGCAAUGCAACCUUCACCGGCUCCCUGUUGCCUGCCCAGGAGGGUAAAGUCCAAGUUCUCCUGUGGAAAGAAGACCCUUCACACGCUAGUCCCAGCCUGUCUUCAGCCUAGUCCCUUAUGUUUCCUUUCCUGCCUUAUCCUAAGACACCCUUACCUUCCAAUCACAGUCACUUUCCGAGCAUUUUUGAAGGUAUUGAGGGAGUUGAUGAGUCUACACUUGAAUAAAAUACAGACUUUACACUCCAAACUGCACAGUUGACAGGUAAGUCCACAGUUCAUAGUGUGGACAGUCCUGUACAAAGAAAUGGAGAGGUGCCCCAUCUCCAGACGCUGCGCUGCUCUGGAAGUCGAGGGCGGCAUUCUUUUGGAGCCUGAGUACUUAGGUCCUAAUGGGUGUGAGUCCCCUGGCAUCAAAUGUGCUUCCUCUACUUGGAUGUCUCCUUCUGGCAGAAUCUCACUUAUUUUUCAAGUUACAGCCCAAAUGUCAACCAUUGAAGUCUUUUAGACAGUUGAUUUUCCUUCUGGGCCCUAUUAGAAGCACUCUUUGUAGCGCUGUUGAGCUUCAUCACAUCGUACAAUUUUCAGCUGACACUACUGUCAUCUCAAAGAAAUGGUCAGGCCCCAAGGGCAGAGGUAGCGAGGGCAGUGAUCUUGGGACAAAGUCUCUACCGAACAAAUACAGCAUGUGUAUUUCUCUAGCAAAGGCCUACAUUUCAACUGGUGUCUGAGAACAUUUUUUUUCUUUUCUUUUUUUUUUUUUUUUUUUUUUUGAGUCUCCCUCUGUCUCCCAGGCUGGAGUGCAGUGGCACAAUCUUGGCUCACUGCAACCUGUGCCUACCGAGUUCAAGUGAUUCUCCUGCUUCAGCCUCCCGAGUAGCCGGGAUUACAGGGAUGCACCGUGACGCCCAGCGAAUUUUUGUUGUUUUUUUGUUUUGUUUUUUUUAGUAGAGUCAGGGUUUCACCAUGUUGGUCAGGCUGGUCUCGAACUCCUGAACUCAAGUGAUCUACCUGCCUCGGCCUCCCAAAAAUGCUGAGAUUACAGGUGAACAUUCUUUUCUUUUAUCCCCAAGCAUUUUCUGUGAAAAAAUAAACACCACUUCUCCAUUGUG